AUGUCGAUAACCUGGACUCCCCGGAGAGUCUACGUCGAUGACAGCUUGACCACACGUUUUACUGGUUCCAGCGACCAGCUUGCACUCAACUGGCAAGUCCUGACUUUGAAGUCCCCCUUCCCACCUACACACUUCGAGAACUUCUGGGUCUGGGCUAAUGUCAUGUCGCCGUGUGCUUUGAGUCUGACCUUCGAGGAUCUAGCAUCCAGUUCACGUCUGGCCCUUUGGCCUCCACCACCCGCUGCCGGCCUCCACCCAACCGUCCGAUCCGGCCGCCGUAGCCGCCGCCGCCACCCCCCUUCGGCCUGCGGAAACCCCCGUGGCCCCUACGGCGACCACGGUCAACUUGGAUCCCUCCCCACUUCCCACAAGGCACUGUAA